GCCCGGGGCUGCUCCAACUGACCCCGUCCAUCACCGUGCUAUAAAGCCGCGCUGCCGGCACCGACGCGCAGCGCCUGCAGCAGCCAGCGUCGAGCCCAGCCCAGCCCAGCCACCCAGCGCACGCCCCCGAAGAAGCUGUGCCAAGAUGUGCGAUGACGAGGAGACCACCGCUUUGGUGUGUGACAACGGCUCUGGGCUAGUGAAGGCCGGCUUUGCUGGUGAUGACGCUCCCAGAGCAGUCUUCCCCUCCAUCGUGGGUCGCCCACGCCACCAGGGAGUCAUGGUGGGUAUGGGGCAGAAGGAUUCCUAUGUAGGGGAUGAAGCCCAGAGCAAGAGAGGUAUCCUAACCCUGAAGUACCCCAUCGAGCACGGCAUCAUCACCAACUGGGAUGACAUGGAGAAGAUCUGGCACCACACCUUCUACAAUGAGCUCCGCGUGGCCCCUGAGGAGCACCCUACCCUGCUCACUGAAGCUCCACUGAACCCCAAGGCCAACCGUGAAAAGAUGACCCAGAUCAUGUUUGAGACCUUCAAUGUCCCUGCCAUGUAUGUGGCCAUCCAAGCAGUGCUGUCUCUGUAUGCUUCUGGCAGAACCACAGGCAUUGUUCUGGACUCUGGGGAUGGUGUAACUCACAACGUCCCCAUCUAUGAGGGCUAUGCCUUGCCCCAUGCCAUCAUGCGUCUGGAUCUGGCUGGUCGGGAUCUCACUGACUACCUCAUGAAGAUCCUCACUGAACGUGGCUACUCCUUUGUUACCACUGCUGAACGUGAAAUUGUCCGUGACAUUAAAGAGAAACUGUGUUAUGUUGCCCUGGACUUUGAGAAUGAGAUGGCUACUGCUGCCUCUUCCUCCUCUCUGGAGAAGAGUUAUGAACUGCCUGAUGGUCAGGUCAUCACUAUUGGCAACGAACGCUUCCGCUGUCCGGAGACGCUUUUCCAGCCCUCCUUCAUUGGUAUGGAAUCUGCUGGCAUUCAUGAAACUACUUACAACAGCAUCAUGAAGUGUGACAUUGAUAUCCGCAAGGACCUGUAUGCCAAUAAUGUCUUAUCCGGAGGCACCACUAUGUACCCUGGGAUUGCUGAUCGUAUGCAAAAGGAAAUCACUGCUCUGGCUCCUAGCACCAUGAAGAUUAAGAUUAUUGCUCCACCUGAGCGUAAAUACUCUGUCUGGAUUGGGGGCUCCAUCCUGGCCUCUCUGUCCACCUUCCAACAAAUGUGGAUCAGCAAACAAGAGUAUGACGAGGCGGGCCCAUCCAUCGUUCACCGCAAAUGCUUCUAAGGUGUCUUCUCUCUUAGUCUACCUUAUAUUCAGGAUGACAGUGUUAUGCUUCUUGGAACCCUCUGAACCCGCCUCCCUCAUCUCUUAUCAAUCUUUGUACAGUUUGUCUACACACGUGCAGUAUGUUUGUGCUUUGAAUAUUUAUUGCUUUAUAAAUAAACCAGAUCAGGACUUGCAACCUAAAA